UUGUUGCUAGCAACCAGACGCCUACCUGACUGUCAAGUUGUUCUUUUCACGCUCUGCAGUCAUUGAUCCUGGGGUCUGUGCAGGUUGAUAGCUGCCAGAAACAUCGGAAGAACUUUCCAGUUGUAGUUUGUCUUACAGGAGGCAUGGCGAUUCGAAAGGCAGUCAAAGGAACUGCUGUCGUAGCAAGUGGAGGCUUGGUAGCCUUUUAUGGCCUAACACAGCUGACCGAAUACAGGAAAAAACAGGCUCGACUCUCGCGCGUGGAGGCGGUUGAACAGGUGAACAUGGCCUUCCAUGACGAGCUCCCGUCCAGGCAAGCCCAGCUAACGGCCUUACGCAACACCCAGGAGUUUGAUGUUCUCGUUGUAGGGGGAGGAGCCACGGGCUCAGGUUGUGCCUUAGACGCCGUGACACGGAAUCUUAAAACUGCCCUGGUGGAGCGAGACGAUUUCUCAUCUGGGACCAGCAGCCGGAGCACCAAGCUCAUUCACGGAGGAGUCCGAUAUCUACAGAAAGCCAUUGUGAAAUUAGAUUACGAACAGUAUAUGAUGGUGAAGGAAGCACUGCAUGAGCGUUCCAACCUCCUGAAUAUCGCCCCUCAUCUGACUGCACUUUUACCCAUCAUGCUCCCCAUAUACAAGUGGUGGCAGCUUCCCUACUACUGGGCAGGGAUCAAGAUAUACGACCUGGUGGCUGGAGCCCAGUGCUUGAAGAGCAGCUACAUCCUCACCAAGACCAAGGCUCUGGAGCUCUUUCCUAUGUUGAAGAGAGACAAACUGGUCGGAGCCAUUGUCUACUAUGAUGGUCAACACAACGACGCUCGAAUGAACCUCGCCAUCGCCCUCACUGCUGCCAGGUAUGGGGCUGCCAUAGCCAAUUACACUGAAGUGGUGCACCUACUGAAGAGGGUAGAUCCUCAGAUGGGCAAAGAGAGGGUCUGUGGAGCGCACUGCAGGGACGUGAUCACAGGGCAGGAAUUUGAUGUCAGAGCCAAAUGUGUUAUCAAUGCCACAGGACCUUUUACCGAUGCACUGCGGAAAAUGGAUGAUCAGAAGAACCCCAACAUCUGUCAGCCCAGUGCUGGGGUGCACAUCGUCAUCCCGGGCAAUUACAGUCCAGACAACAUGGGUCUCCUGGACCCAGCCACCAGCGAUGGACGCGUCAUCUUCUUCCUGCCCUGGGAAGAUGACCAUUAUCGGGCCGGACACCGGACACGCCCACGGAGAUUCACACCGCACCCCAUCCCAUGGAGGAGAACUAACUUCAUCCUCACGGAGGGUCGCAACUACACUGCAUGUGAGUUGAAUGUGAGGAGAGGAGAUGUUUUGGCAGCCUGGAGUGGUAUUCGUCCGCUGGUCACAACCCCCAACUCCAAGGACACUCAGUCAAUCUGCAGGAAUCAUAUUGCCAUCAGUGACAGCGGGCUGGUCACCAUCGCUGGUGGGAAAUGGACAACAUAUCGCUCCAUGGCGGAGGAUACCCUGGAUGCUGCAGUCAAGGCCCAUAACCUUUCUGCUGGCCCCAGUAAGACAGUGGGCCUGAUGCUAGAGGGAGCUAAAGACUGGACUCCUACCAUGUACAUCCGCCUGGUACAGGACUAUGGCCUGGAGGUGGAGGUGGCCCAACAUCUGGCCUCUUCCUACGGAGGGAGGGCCUACGAGGUCGCCAAAAUGGCCCAUGUCACCGGCAAACGAUGGCCCAUUGUCGGCAAACGCCUCGUAUCUGAAUUCCCCUACAUUGAGAGUGAGGUCCAGUAUGCCAUUAAAGAGUAUGCGUGCACGGCCAUUGAUGUGAUCGCCAGGCGCACGCGGCUGGGCUUCCUGAAUGUGCAGGCGGCCGAGGAGGCCCUUCCACGUAUCGUAGACAUCAUGGGAAAGCAGCUGACGUGGAGUGAGCAGAGGAAGAGGGAGGAGCUAUCUGCAGCCAAACAGUUCCUGUAUUAUGAGAUGGGCUACAAGGCUCGCUCAGAGCAGCUGACCGACACCUCUGAGAUCACCCUCACUCCUGCUGAAGUGGGCAGGUAUAUGAAAAGGUUCCACAAGUUUGACAAAGAAAAUAAGGGCUUCAUCACCACCGUGGAUGUUCAGCGGGUAUUAGAGAGUAUCAAUGUCUAUAUAGAUGCAGACACCCUCCAUGAAAUUCUGAAUGAAGUUGACCUCAAUAAAAAUGGACAAGUGGAAUUUAAUGAAUUCUUGCAGCUAAUGAGUGCUGUGAAGAAGGGCCAGGUGUCGGCCAACCGUCUGGCCAUACUGAUGAAGACGGCUGAACAGAGCCUGGACCAGACAGAGCCCCUCGAGCAAAGGGAACCUGUCGACCAGAGGAAGCCCGUGUCGGUGGACCGUAGCGGGGGAGGAGUGUGAGACUUAGCCCCCCUGGCCCUGGUACUUCCUCCGGACGAUCCUCGUCACACAACCCUGGGGCCGUAUGUAUUGCACCUCAAAGUAUGAGUGUCGAUUUUAGGAUCAGUUUUGCGUUCUAGAUCACAACAAAUAAGGUUAUAUGAACCUGAUCCUAGAUCAGCGCUCCUACUCAGAGAUGCUUGAUGCAUACGGCCCUGCUCCAGCCUGGAUCUAUGUGCUUUAAACAACCCGUCUGACUUGUAUGUUGCCAUGGUCAUGUCAUGUGAUAUCAUAUCAUAGAUGUGAUGUAUGACAUGACAACGGAAGUCACAAGGGUUGGCUAAAGCUCAUAUGGUGUUGUAUACAGACCUGGACAACCCAAAGGUACGAAGCUCAUUAUCUUCUGUCUUCCAUGGGAGUUGCUCUGCUGAUACAGGCUCGUGUUCUAUCACUGCAUCAACACACAUGUAGCCGAUGCCUCGUCUUGAAUCUUACAAACCUGCUUCCAUAUUUAUUGAGAUAUUUAUUGAGAUAUGAAAUAAGUAAUUAUUGGGACACUGUUGUUUAUUUCAAUGUAUUUAUUUCAAUGUAUUUAUUUAUGAUUUGUUUUUACACAUUUCAACAACAACAAAUUCUUUGUGUAUGAUGUUACUGUUGUUUUUAACAUUGCCCGAGAGCGUACAACUGAAUGUUAGAAACAAUGCAGAGUGAUAUGCAACGUACGUUGACGACUUGAAUUGCACUCAUUGUGGUCUUUUUCAAAAAGGGUUUUGUUGUGUACCGUACUCCUGUGCCAUUUUAUACAUUUUCGAUACUGACAAUCUAAAGGGAGGCAUUUUGUACAAAUAGUGUUUGCUGGAUGUUGUGAGUUUUGACCGCACUUUCAGCAAACUUCUAUGGUCCACAUUAAGUAAUGCAAUUUAACUGUUCUAUUCAAUGCAAGGCUUAAUUGGAAAACGAUAGCAUUUUUCACUCACUGCCAUUUACAUCUAUAUUUUAUCCCUUUCUAAAUGCUAGAUAUUUAUUAUAUUAAUUUAGUCGACGUCAAAUGAGAUACAAAUCAACAGUAAGCAUCUUUAAAUAUUCCACAGUAGGUGCAUGUGAUUGGUUCCUGGAAACGUUAUUGUCUUGCAUUAUUUUAUUAUGCUGAAUGGGAUUAAGUGUUGUAUUUGACGCUGGCUUUUAAUUUCUGUAUCUGUCUGUGCACUUGGUGUUUUUAUGAGUAUUAAUUUAUUACUUAUGGUUUGUCUGGUUAGCCACUUGCAUUUAUAGAGUAAUAAGGGAAUGUAUUUAAUGUGCCUUGCUAUCAGAUCCAGUGCGAAUUGAGAGCAUGAAUCAACAGAGCUGAUUAAACCAUACUCUUCCUGGCUUUUAAGCAUGCUUAAUUUCACAGUAACUAUAAAUAAAGCAAUUAUUUUCUCAUGCACACUGUUAAAGUACAAAAUGUAAUGUGUUUGCCCCUAGUACAACAAUUAUGUAUGAGGGCAGUUUCAAAGAGUUACGUCUCUAGCUAUCAGUUCUUAAUUAAUCCACUUUGAAAGUUGACCAGGGAGCACGAGACCAAUUCACUGAAACCGUGGUUGUUGUUGUUCUUUUCAUUUGUUUGAAUAAAACUCACAUUAUUAGCUAAUUGGUUUUAGAAUACAUUGAUGGGAAAUGUAAGGGUUAAAUGUAGGGAGUUAUCAUGCAUAUUUAUGCCGGGCUUAGUCUUCAGAUUGUUUCUCACCACUCAUAGGGGUGUUAUGCAACUCCUCAAAAGGACAACAUCAGUGAUAUUCUUAGUACAUAGUACUUGGGAGGGGUUAUCCAUUCUUCUACUGCCCGCUCCAGCACUAGGAUACUUGAUGUAUGAUUUGGAUUUACUCUUUUAUUUGGAUGGUAGGAUGGCCAAUUGUUGUUCUAAUGCAGUUGGGUGAAGUUUUGUCUUCCUUCUGACAAAAGCAAUGGAAUGUAAAUUUUGUUGCUGCAUGAAGCGACUGCUUUCAGCAAUAAGUAUUAAUACAGUACCAGUCGAAAGUUUUAGAACACCUACUCAUUCAAGGGUUUUUCUUUAU